GAGCAGCACAGCAUUAGAACAACAGACAUCCUAAUAAUGUGCAGUCUGCUGACACUGCAUGCCUGGAAACAGCAGAGAUGAAGGAGCUAUGGAUUAUGGCUGUCUUUGCUACAGUCUCUUUAUCACAGGGGAAUCUCACCAUGUCAUCUGCCAUUCCAACCAUCAUUGACAUAACUACCUCAAAUACUACUGCCCCUUUAACGCCUGACUCUUCAGCUAGUGCCACUCCAACUACCGACACUCCAACUACUGGUCAUCCAACUACUGGUUACCUAACUACUACUGAUCCUCCAGCUACUGGUUACAUAAAUACUACUGUUCUUCCAACUACUGGUUACCCUACCUCUAUCCCUGUCACCAGUAUCAGUCUCCCCACCACCUCUAGCACCACCACCACCACCUCUCCUACCAUCUCUAACACCACCACCACCUCUCCUACCAUCUUUACCACCAUGUCUAACACCACCACCUCUCCUAUCAUCUCUAACACCACCUCUACCACCACGUCUAACACCACCACCAUCUCCACCUCUACCACCACAACCCCUCCUCUGGUCUGUAUCAAUGGUGGUGAGCUGCAGAGUGGAGUCUGUAUCUGUCCUGAUGAGUGGACCGGAGAGACCUGUUCAGAGGGGAAUUUCUGCAAUUCCACCAUCAUUGGUGAUUUUUCCUUCCCAAGAACAACGGUUGGCUGGUCUGCUUAUUCAGAAAAAUUGUGUGAUGAGAAGACAACCAGUGCUGGUUUACCAAAAGCCUCAGCAAGAUGUUUGAAUGACACUGGAUCUCCGAUGUUUGGCCCUCCUCACGAGCUGCAGUGUGAAUUAACCCUCAGUGACAUUCAAGGAAAUAUCUCCAGCAGUUCAGGUGAUUUACUACAGUUAGCCUUCAGUACUCAGAUCCUGACCUCCCAACCAGGGCGGCUGUCAGCUGACAACAUCACCACAGCAGCUCAGAUAGCUAACACACUGCUUCAGUCUGCACAUAUCACAGAGGACAUCGCAGUGGCAGCUGUAACUACCAUCAGUCAGCUGUUGAAUGCCAGUGAGGAGAGUACACAGGAGAGAGACGCUGUCCAAAACCUCACAGAGACCCUGGAGAAGUUUUCCCUGGACCAGCACAAUAAUGUGUCCUUGGUGGUUCAGCCCAACCUGGUAGUCCAGUCUGUCCAAGUACCAAGUGACUCAGUAGGGAUCCAGUUUACUGCUCUGACUGGAAGAUCUGGUAAUUUUGUGGCCAACAGAAUUCAUCUCAACACUAAUACCUCUGAACUGAUAGCUGACAAAGGAGGUGCUACUGAUGUCCAGAUUGUCAUAGAAUUCCCACCAGUUUUACGUAGUAAAAACACAAACCACUCCAUUGGUUUUGUACUCUACCAAAACGACCGGUUCUUCAGGUCCAGGGCUUUCAGAGCUUCUUCAGGGACCAGCAGAAGGGUCAUCUCUGCUAACCCGGGACAGGUGUCUGGGUUACAUGUUGAGAUGCUCUUCAAGCCCACAGUUGUCCCCAACGUCUCCCUCCAUGACUUUGCCUGCGUGUCAUGGAACUACACGUUGAAAGACUGGAGCACCUUUGGCUGCUCCAAAGCCAACCACUCAGAAGACGGCCUGCGAUGUUUCUGUAAUCACACCACUAACUUCGCUGUGCUGAUGUCGUUCAGGAGGGAUUUGAAAUACGCUGAGGCGCUAAACUGGAUCACCAUAUUGGGAUGCUCCAUGUCCAUCAUUGGGUUGAGUUUAACAAUAACAUUCCAGAUCACAACCAGGAAAUCACGCAAAACCAACCCAACAGUCCUCUUAGUGAGCGUCUGCAUGUGUCUCCUGAUCUUCACCCUCCUCUUCAUGUUGGGAGUGAACAACCCUCAUAAACAGCUGGACAAACCUGAAAUACAGGAGGACAACGUUCUCCCCCCGUCCGACACACACACAGAGCGGGACAGAGGGCCCUGUACUGCAGUGGCAGUCCUGCUGCAGUACUUCCUGUUGGGGACUUUCACCUGGAACACACUGUACGCCACACAUGUCUUCCUGAUGAUCAGAAACAGCCUGGCCACCAGUCCGUCACACUUCACAGCCUAUACUGUGGCCAUCGGAUGGGGACUGCCUGCGGUUGUGGUGGCUCUCACCUUAGGAAUUAGUUACAGAGUGGAUAAUCCACUGGGUUACAGGCAGGAGGAAUUUUGCUGGCUUGCUGCCCUCGAUCCAAAGGGGAACUUUGACUUCAAGCUGCCAAUGUUUUGGGGGUUCCUGAUCCCUGUGGCGUCCAUGCUUAUCUUCAACACAGUGGUGUUGGCAUGUUUUGCAGUCACAACAGGCAAGACCAACCCAAAUUUAACCAGUACAAGACACACAUCGAUGAAGAAGAAGUUUCUCGGUAGCUUUUCUCUGGCUGUGGUGCUCGGUCUCUCCUGGAUCCUGGGCUAUCUGUUGCUCAUUACACAGAACCAGACCAUGUACACCAUACUCAACAUCUCCUUCUGUGUACUCACCACCACUCAGGUAGUAAAUGGCUUGCAGAUUUUCAUUCUGUUCACAGUAAGAACAUCAAUUGUCAAGAAAAUGAUGGCAGAUGCUUUGAAAUCUGUCUCUAGUGUUGAAAUCCCACUUCACACCAAGAGUUUCAGUCUCUGGCGAGGCAAGCACAGAGAAAAGGUUGAAUCCUACACACAGCUGGACACUAUGCUGUCAACACAUUAACCCUUUAACUGCACAUCUUUUUUUCUUCUGAAAAAUAUGUGUAUUUAACCUUAAUAUAGGUCAUAAAUAAUUUGUAUUUGAUUGCUAAAAUCUCAACCAGCCUGUUCAGUUGCCCAAUUAGGUUAAACUAAUUUUGUAUUGGAUUUUACAUAUGCUUUUUAAAUCAUCUGAAAAAUGGUACAUUAAUUAACGUCAUGUCUGCUUCAGUUACUUAUAAUGGAAGACAGGCCAAGAUAAAUGAUGACUGAUAUAGUUGUGUGUCAAUAUAUGAGUAUUCAAAUAUAUAUACAUUAAUGUUUACUGUUUAUAUGCUCAUAAUACCUGUAAAAUUACAUGUCCUGAAAACAUUUGUGAAAUAAAUUGAAGAUAACAGGCAGACUUUAAACACUGGUAUGAAUAUGAAAAUAUAUUUAUAUUUGCAGACAAAAAAAUCCCACGACAAUGUUUCUCCAUUGUCCAUAAUAGCUAGCUUUGUCUAAAUAGCAUUCCUUUAAUGGGCAUCUCAACUGCCUGGUAGAGCAUAUUUGAGUUCCUCAAAUUAAUAAAUAACGACAUAGUAGUAAUUUCAUGAUUCCAAAAUUAUGUUUGAGGUCAACAACAUUGUACAGUCAUGUAAUAUCCCAUUUUAUACACAUUUAGUACUGAACAUGUGUGAUUAAUCAGGUUCCCGUUUUGCUAUCGUUCACGUCCUGGUUUUUAACCAUCUUUGAAUGUUUGUGUAAAACUAUGUCCAAUAAUGAAAACCACAUGAUCAUUUUACUAAAUGGCAUGAUAAAAUAUGGUAAACAAAAGUUAUGUUUAAUUUAUUUUACAUUUGGUUGUCAACAGCUCAGUUGAGCUGCUUUCUUACUCAGAUUGUAUAAAGCAUCUAAUUGAUUGGCUGCAAGUUCAACCUCUGUCAAUAUCUCAUAGACCUCCAUUAUUGCCUAUAGUAAUACACACACCAUUUAUGUAUCAAAAGUGUUAUUGUCCAAUUUUUGGGCUAUGCACAUGUUUGUAAAUACUUUAUGUACAUGUGUUCUUUAUGAAAGUUGACUGUUUUGAAUAAAUCUGAUUAUUCUGUUUUAA